AUGGUGACACCCUGCCCCGCCAGCCCCGCCAGCCCCGACGUGCGGGCUGGGAGAAGGGACGACGACCAGAACCCGCGCGCCCCUGUGAAGAAGAGCAGGCGCCCGCGCCUCCGGAGGAAGCAGCCGCUGCAGCCGCUGCACCCGCUGCACCCGUGCCCGCUCCCCGGGGACUCCGGCGUCUGCGACCUGUUCGAGUCCCCCAGCUCGGGUUCGGACGGCUCCGACAGCCCCGCGGCGUUCACUGCGCGAAGCUGCAGCCCCCUGCUAGGUCCGGCCCAGCACGCGGGGCAGCUGGACCUGCGGACCUUCCGCGACUACGGCCAGAGCUGCUACGCCUUCCGCAGGGCGCGGGAGAGUCACUUCCACCCGCGGGAGCCGCUGGCGCGGCAGCCACAAGUGACGGCGGAAUCCCGCUGCAAGCUGCUCAGCUGGCUGAUCCCCGUGCACCGCCAGUUCGGCCUCUCCUUCGAGUCGCUGUGCCUGACGGUGAAUACUCUGGACCGCUUCCUCACCACCACGCCUGUGGCUGCAGACUGCUUCCAGCUGCUCGGGGUCACGUCCCUGCUUAUCGCUUGCAAGCAGGUGGAGGUGCACCCGCCACGCGUGAAACAGCUCCUGGCCCUGUGCUGUGGUGCCUUCUCGCGGCAACAGCUCUGCAACCUCGAAUGCAUCGUCCUGCACAAGCUGCAUUUCAGCCUGGGCGCGCCAACUAUCAGUUUCUUCCUGGAGCAUUUUACCCACGAGCGCGUAGAAGCAGGGCAGGUGGAGGUCUCGGAAGCCCUGGAGGCGCAAACUCUAGCUCGCGGGGUGGCGGAGCUGAGCCUGGCCGACUAUGCCUUCACCAACUAUGCCCCCUCCCUGCUGGCCAUCUGUUGCCUGGCGCUUGCUGACCGUAUGCUGCAGCUGCCGCACCCGGUGGACUUAUGCCUGGUCGGGCAUCCCGAGGAAGCUUUGCAGGACUGUCUGGGCAAGUUGCAGCUGCUGGUGGCCAUAAACGGAGCCUCCCUGACUCAUAUGCUGCCCAUUCAGAUCUGUGAGAAGUGCAGCCUACCCCCGAGCUUGAAAUAAAGUAGAUCCUUGCUAUCCUUUUAUCCCCUGAUGUGGCUGCUGACCUCACCCAUUUGCUUUAAAAAGAGUUCAGGAUUGGCUCAAGGCUUCUUGGUCCACAGGUCAUCCUACAGGUUGUAAAUACUGUAAGAUAACGUCUAGUUAUGUAUUUAUUUUCUUGAGAUUUCACUCAAGUUGUGUCUUUCCCCAAUAAACAGGCUGUCUUGGUUUGACUGCUGCUACUGGGUGUGCUUGUCCAUGAACAUGGAAGGUGAGGGCAGCCCAGGAAUAGAAGUGAC